GACAACUCCUCCGCGUUCCCAGCUCGCUGGACUCGAAGGCAUCCUCAGCUACUGGACGCUGGGCACAGUGCGCUGCAGAGCCAUUCGGUCGCUAACAUUCACUUGGUCUCUUUCGUUCAGCAGUUUGCUUUUUCUAUUCUGCGCGACCAGCAGCUGCAGGGAAGUGGCUUUGGUUCACGGCCUCGUGCAUGCAGUCCCCCUCCGCACAUUCCUUACAAUCCUCCGCGCGCCUCCUUACUUCUUGAACCCGAAUUUCGUCCCGUUCUUCUUCGCAGCGGCUGCAGUGCUGGACCUCGAGCGUCUCUGCGCCCCCGUCGUGGUCGCCAGCUCGCCGUUGCUUCCCACGAUUAUCCCAGCCAAGCGCUGGAAGCACUUCGCAACGUCGUCAUCGCAACCGACCACCUGACUCGCCCACUGCUAAACAGCGCUCUUCGCCCUCGGACGCUGUGGUCGCCUCGCCAUAUAUCCUGACCGCCGCCGGCCGCCCGUUCUAUGGCCGCCUUUGCAUCGUCCCGUCAAACACCGCCAGUCCAGCAGUUGACGCCGCCCAGCAGCUCGCACGGCGCUGCAGCAUCUUGGGAGUUUGCCGUACCUCUGGACGGCUCGAGGCAGUCCUACGACCAAGAAGCAUUCAUGGCCGGCAACUCAGCAAACGGGUACAAGCCACACACCUCACACAACAAUGGCUUUGCAAAGCCCGUUCGCUCGACGACCUGGGAAUCGCAGGGUCAGUACGACGACGGCAGGGUGACGCAGGCCUCGGGACGUGCAAGCUCGCUGCACAAGAAGCCCAGCCGGGACGUCAUCACCAGCGAACAGGACGGUGCGUACGGCAAGGGCAGCACCAAGGGCAAGAUGGGCCCUCCUGCAUCAGUCAGGGGCCGCGGUGCAAAGAAGUCUGCCACUGGUAGUCCCACCGAUCUCGAAGCAGACCAGAGCAACUGGAUACACCGAGACAAGCUGAAGGAAAUCGAGAUCAGGGAAAUGGAGGAGGCUGGUUUCAGGAUUGGACGCACAAGCAGAUCAAACAGCCGGUCACAGAGCGCCACGCGACGGACACGCACCAACUCGGAACUCGGCGAGGGGAGGCAGAGUGGUGAUGACCGUUACGAACGACGCGUCGUGUCUCCCAUUCCCGCCGAGGACGAGGAAGCCUUGCACGAGCAGCGUUACCACACCUGGAGUCCAACGAACAGCGACGACCCGGCGCCCGAGAUGCAGCCACCUUCGCGGACGAACCAUACGGUGAGGCCCAGUACGUCUCGCAUUCCUCUGCCGAAGACAAGCGGCAUACCCGUGCCAGCAGCAGUCGCAGAUCGAGAGGCACCUCUGCCGAGAUCGAGAACAGGCAGCGCCAACUGGAACGGAGAUAUUGCUGCUGCUGGUGCACGCGUGCGAAGCGGAAGCAUAGGAAGCCAGGUGCUCCUCGACGACUACACAGACGAGAAGCGGUACGGCCACCGCCGCGACAACUCGUCGUCGGCCAGCGCAUCGUCGAUGAAGCAACCCCCAAGAUCACCAGUCAAGGCAAAGACGCCGGGCAAGCUAGCGGCUACUGCGGGCUCGAGGAAGACCAGCACGACUUCGCGCAACACAGCCAAGUCAAGGCAGGUUUCAGGCAAUAAGCGUCCCGGCACAAGCGGCAAUGCUGUUUCUCGCCCGACCACGGCUCAUCGUCCAGAAGGAGAGGCGCCCUGGAUCGCGACCAUGUACAAGCCCGACCCACGGCUUCCACCGGACCAGCAAAUCAUUCCCACACACGCCAAGCGAAUGCAGCAGGAGCAGUGGGAGACGGAGGGCCGAGUCGGGUCCAUGUACGACACGGACUUCCGACUGCUCAACGCCGAGGAGAUGGGCGGGCAGCGGCUGUCCCAGAUCGAUCCCAUUGCGCUCGAGAAGGAGAGGGAGAGCGGGCAGUGGCCACUUGCAAGCUCGGACAAGCAGGCCUCAGGCUUGGACGAGAAGCUGGAGCCCAUGGGCGACAGGUCUCCAGCGGUCGAGCAGCCUCAGUUCAAGCUCACACCUACGAUCCCACAAAGCCCGCGAGUGCCGUCGCCGAAGCCAGGGUCGAUCAAGCGAGCCGCAAGCGAAAAGCCCACGACGACGCGAGUGCCAGAAGCGGGCGAAGAGAUUCCCGAGAAGAAGGGCAAGUGCUGCAUCGUCAUGUAGCUUCCGUUCCUGCAUAUACCCAUUUCCUUUGCAUGUUCAAGACAUAGUACCGACCAAAACGUUUCUUUCCAUGUACAUGGCGUUCACGCGCGGGGGGUUCUAUAUUAUAUACCUCUGGCUUCGUUUCCACCUCUGUAUUACCGGGCUCAUAGCGUGCAGCGACCCCUCCUAGUUAUUUUCUUCCUUUUCUAGAUGAUGGCACUUUUUCCACACGCGGCGGUGGACGGGUGUUUGCGUUUGUAGAUAUCAACUAGCACCGCGCCGAGAUGCGGGCAGGCAGCGACGAGCCGAUUUCGAUAUUCGUUAUUAGGAGCCUUUGGGCGAACGGGGCACUCUGCAUGAGACACGGGCGCAGAUGAUGCGGCUGCGGC